CCCCCUCGGCAUCCUUACAACAGCAAUCAAAUCCCCUCUCUACCCUCUCCUCCAAUCAAGCCACAUCCCCUUUAUCCUCGAUGUACCCUCAACAGAGGACUCAUCAGACGAAACAAUCCCCAAUGGCACCCUCCGCGGCCACAUGGCCAAGCAAAACCCCCAAGCCAAGGCCCUAAUGGAAGCACUAGCAGCGCAGCAGCAACAACCCGGCAACAACCCCAACUCUCUCGAACUGGAAGACGAAGUCCUCGUCCUCUUCACCUCCGAACACCACCACUACGUCACACCCAAGUUCUACACGGAGACGAAACCCGCCACAGGGAAAGUCGUCCCGACGUGGAACUAUGCCGCUGCGCAAGCGUACGGCAAGAUCCGGGUUUACUGUGACUCGAAGUCUGAGGAGACGGGGACGUUCUUACAGAAAGCCGUGGAAGAUUUGACAAAACAGAGUGAGGGGUCUAUUAUGGGGUAUACGGGCACGGAGGGGCGGCCGGCACCGUGGAGCGUCUCGGAUGCGCCGGUGCCGUAUGUGGAGAUUCUUAAGAAGAAUAUUAUUGGCAUUGAGAUUAGAAUUGAGCGAUUGCAGGGGAAGUUUAAGAUGAGUCAGGAGAUGGGGAAGGGGGAUCGCGAGGGGGUGGUUAGUGGGUUUGAGGCGUUGGAGACGGAUGUUGGGAAGGGGGUUGCGCAGAUGGUGAGGGAGAGGGGGGAGAUGAAGGAUGCGCAGAAGUAGGAGUAUAGAAUGUGUGUACGAAUUAAUGAGCAGAGAUUAGAUAGUAUCUGAUUAUGUGGGGCGCCAUGCAUGUAGUGCUGAAGAUUGGCACUAUCUUAGUCAAAAUUACUAUAUAACCGCACAUGUCUAGCACAUUUGAGAUGGUGGAAGUUAUCAUGUGUAUCCUGUCAUAACCUCGUGUCCUAGAUGUCAUGCUUGAGCAGACAAAUC